AUGUCGAAGGGUCGCGUUUGCCUCGACACCUCUACCAUCCUGAAAUGGCUCAUUCUCGAGGGCUACACCGUCGUGUGCUUCCUCGCCAAUGUCGGCCAGGAGGAGGACUGGGCUGCGGUCGAGAAGAAGGCCCUCGCCAUUGGCGCUGAGCGCAUGGUCAUUGAGGACCUGCAGCGCGAAUUUGUCGAGGAGCUUGUCUUCCGCGCCAUUCAGUGCAAUGCUAUCUACGAGGACCGCUACCUCCUCGGCACCUCACUGGCGCGACCAGUGAUCGCCCGCGCUCAAGUCCGCGUCGCCCAGCAGUACAACUGCGAAUACCUCAGCCACGGCUGCACUGGCAAGGGCAAUGACCAAGUUCGCUUCGAGCUUGCAUUUAUGGCAUGCAACCCGUCGCUCAAGGUCAUUGCUCCGUGGAGAAUGCCCGAGUUCAUCAAGAAGUUCCAGGGCCGUGCCGAUCUCCUGAAGUUUGCCGCCGAGAACAACAUCCCCGUCUCGUCGACUCCCAAGGCUCCGUGGAGUAUGGAUGACAACCUGGUCCACUGUUCAUAUGAGGCUGGAGUUUUGGAAGACCCCGACCACACCCCGCCCAAGGAGCUGUGGACCCGCACAGUUGACCCCACGGAUGCGCCGGACAAGCCGUACGAGUUCACCAUCCACUUCGAGAAGGGUAUUCCGGUCAAGGUUGUCACUCCCGACCAGACAGCGACCGAUUCGGUUGAGCUGUUCAAGCUUCUGAACAAGAUUGGCCACGACAAUGGCGUUGGCCGAGUUGAUAUUGUUGAGAACCGCUUCAUUGGCCUCAAGAGCCGUGGCUGCUACGACACCCCGGGCCUCACCAUUGCCCGCCUUGCCCAUCUCGAUCUCGAGGGUCUGGUGAUGGACUCCAAGGUUCGCAAGCUCCGUGACCAGUUCGUCACUCUCGAGUGGUCCCACUGCCUCUACAACGGCAUGUACUUCACUCCAGAGCGCGAGUUCUUGGAGAACUCGAUUAUCUUUUCGCAGCAGCACGUCACGGGCGAGGUCCGCAUGUCGGUAUACAAGGGCAAUGCUUACGUGCUGGGUCGCAAGAGCGACGCCAGCAACCUCUACUCUCAGGAAGAUGCUUCCAUGGACUCCCUCGAGACCUUCUCGCCCAUGGAUACCACGGGCUUCAUUGCCAUCCAGGCCAUCCGCCUCAAGAAGUUUGGCCUGCAGAAGAUCCAGGAUGGCCAGCCCCUGAGCAAAACCUUUGUGGUUGCAGCUUGCAAGCCAUUGACCAAUCACGGCUCAAGGGAUGAAUCCGAUGUCAUUGUGCAUUCUGACCCCUGUUACGCCGCAAACCCAACGUCCAGUUUCAGCAUGAUCGGAUCGCGAGGCCUCGCUGGUGUGUUCUGGCCUGGCGCUGGGAGCCGCUCCAAACUUACGGUGCUGCUUGGACCAGGCAUCCAAUUGAGCAGUCACCGCCCGCGCAGCAGCUCGCCCGCUCGAUGCUGGCGAGCUGCCUACUCUUCAGCCACAUCAACAUCAUCAACAACAACAACCACGACAUCCACAUCUACUACUCCGACUUCGGGAACCGUUGAGAUCAACGGCAAGCAAUAUGCAACCGACGCAUGGUUCAACAUCCCAUCUACGGUGCUCUCCCUAACGGGGCGCAAGCUGCACCUGCAAAAAGACCACCCAGUCUCCAUCACGCGACAAAUAGUCGAAUCCGUCUUCCCCAAAUCGACCUACCGAACCUACAACCACUUCGACCCGGUCGUGUCCACGCACGAGAAUUUUGACUCGCUCGGGUUCCCGCCGGACCACCCGGGCCGCGCGCGCUCAGACACGUACUACGUCAACCGCGACACCCUGCUACGCACCCACACCAGCGCCCACGAGGCCCACCUGUUCGGCGCUCGCGAGAGCGAUGGGUAUCUGAUCAGCGCCGACGUCUACCGCCGGGACGAGGUCGACCGCAGCCACUACCCGGUCUUCCACCAGAUGGAGGGGGCGCGGGUGUGGAACAGGCAGACGGUGCCCGGAGGGGACGUGGCGCGCGCAGUGUACGAGGACCUACGGCGCCUGCCGGAGCACGGCAUGCAGGUAGAGGAUCCCAACCCGCCGUUUCACGCGGACCGGAACCCCCUCCAGGAAAAGUACCACACGCCCGAGGAGGCCGAGGCGGUUGCCGCGCAUCUGAAGAGGUCGUUGGAGCUGAUGGUUUGCGAGAUCUUCUCGAGGGCCAAGAGCGCCGCUGCUGCCGCUGCUGGCGGGGAGCAGCAGCAGGAGCAGGAACCGCUCCGCGUGAGAUGGGUCGAGGCCUACUUCCCCUUCACCAGUCCCAGCUGGGAGCUCGAAGUGUUCUACCAGGGCGACUGGCUCGAGGUGCUGGGCUGCGGGGUGAGCAAGCAGGAGCUGCUCAUCAACGCGGGGGUACCAUCACGGAUCGGCUGGGCGUUUGGCAUCGGCCUGGAACGCAUCGCCAUGCUGCUCUUCCAGAUCCCUGACAUCCGGCUGUUCUGGUCCCGUGACGAGCGCUUCUUGAGCCAGUUCAGGGGCGUGCAGGACAACCUGGCACUGCUGAAGCCGUUUGUGCCGUUCAGCAAGCACCCUGCCUGUUACAAGGACGUAUCGUUCUGGCUGAGAGCGGCGUCAGCGGCCGGUGGGAACUCUAGACGGGCGAAUGUGCACGACUGGCAUGAGAAUGAUCUGAUGGAGGUGGUUAGGGAUGUGGCAGGAGAUGUGGCGGAGGAUGUGAGGUUGGUGGACGAGUUUACGCAUCCCAAGACGGGGAGGAGGAGUUUGUGCUACCGGAUCAACUAUCGGAGUCUGGAGAGAACACUGACGAAUCUUGAGACCAACGACAUGCACGAGAGGGUGGUCAAGGAGUUGGUAGACAAGUUGGGCGUUGAGAUCAGGUAG